UGAAUUGUAGGAAAAUAAAAAGUACAUAGAGUCAGAGGUGGCCGAGCCGCUCGAGUGGAAUCGAUACCAGGUUUUCGUGGAGAACCGUUCCCCCGCCAAAUUCUCGGACAUUCCUGGGGUGGUCCGAUCGUUGAACGAUCGCCCAUCGAAAUCCCCGAUCGAAUCAGGCUGCCGUUUCGGUGAAACGUACGAGGACGAUAAAGAGUCAUCUAGGAAAUUGAACACGUCGGACGCUUUCAUUGGUAUAAUUUCUUUUGCUUACCCUUUCUUUUGCCUCGAUCGUUCGCCUCUAAUUUUGAUUGGAAAUCCUCGUCGUCUUUUCAAAUCGAACGAAAACGUGCACGAACACGGGAGGAUACUACAAAGUUUGCCAAAUUUUUAAGAUCUGUCCCGGGUGAAGAUGGAACGGAACGACGACGGGACGGCGUCCAUCGAUUGCAAGAUGGAGGAGGCGAAUAAUUUAGAGAGCACGAACGUGGACGAGGAUUGUUUGGAGGAGAAGAAAGAGAUCUUCGUGAACGAGAGCCGUCUGCUACCGCCCUCCUCGUCCUCCUCCUCCUCGGCCAACACCACCGAUUGCAAAACCACGUCGAAUCGUAUCGUUGUUUCGAACGCGCAGAUUUCGAACAACAGCGUCACAGUGUCCGUGAUAUAUCCUGAAAACAAUAACGCCUACCUUCCCACGAGCACCGUGGAGGGAACGCUCGAGGUGCAUUCGAAGUGCGGUGGAACAAUGUCUGCGAGAAGGACAGACAGCGAGGAAUGCGAUUCGUUCGAGUGCAACGCGAACGAUGAGAAACAGAUCGGGGAAUUCCCAAAGGAGGAUUUCGUUGCGACGGAGAGCGACGAGAACGAGGGGAGCGCGGUUAAAGCAAGAAACUCUGGGCCUAGGAACGAUCGUUUCGAAUCCAGGGGCUACGUCUUUCUGACGGAUUAUCGUAAUCGGCUGAAGCAUAGGUUGCUGUUGCAGCAGCUGGAAACGGAGGAGAAACGGUUGAAAAUAAAGAUCGCCGAGAUGGCGAUCCAAGAGGUGCAGCUGAGGAUAAAAGCGUUGAGCGAGGACAUGCGACGGACCGAGGAAUUGCACCGAUUGCACUUGGUGCGCGCAGCAGCCGGGGAUGCAAGCGUUCGGGUGGGCGAAUUUCCGAACAAUUCCUGAAAAAAGGAGGAAAGGAAGGAGGAAAAAAAAAAUUAGGAGAGGAGAAGGAGAGAAGAGGACACGCGGGUUCGACGUGUGCUUCAAAUUAUUUUUAUUAUAAUCACCAUCAUUAUCGCGUGUUAACGAUAUUUUCGUCGUUAUUUUAGAAAAAACGCCAUGGGACCAUACAAAAUAACAAUGCGCUUAGAUUUUCGUGGGUAACCGAGCAACGUUAUAUUUUUUUUUUCUUUUUUUUUUCUUUUUUUUCUUUUUCUUUUUAAUACUCGUGAUAUUCUUCGUCUUUUUUUUUCCGUCAUCCGUCGUUAAUUAUUUAAUUCGAGAGAUCGACGGCGGCACACCGUCGAGAAUAAUAAUUAGAGAACGGGUUAAGAUCGCGUGACAAGAUCAAUUACAUUACAUCAUUUGCUUCUUCGAUCCGUUAAUCUCUCCGCUGCCCCUCUGCCUAUAAUAUUUCUCUACUCACCGCAGUCGCGAUCAUCGCCGUCCUUUUUUUUUAUUUACAAUCUUGCCCGUUCGUUCCCUCCUCUCAACUGUGCUUGUAACUAGCGAUUUUCCUUGUAUUUAGUGAUUGUUAAUAAUUAUCACAGAAAGUUCGUAAAACAAUGAUCUUUGAGUUACAUGUUGAUUCGUGUAGCGCCUCGUUUUUUAAGUAAGUUCGUUCUUUUUUUCUUUUCUUUUUUUUCUUCUCCUUUUUGCGUGUAAGUAUAUACGCGAGUGUGGGUGUAGUAUACGCGUGUCUCUUCUGUCUUUUUCCUGUGCGCGCGACUCGGUAUCGUGUCUAAGUAUAAUGUAUACGUGUAGCGUGUAUCUAUCGAAAAUCGUCUCUUCUCUUUUUUUUUUUUCGCUAUCUUUCUUUCGCGUGUUUUUCUUUCUUUCUGUUUUUUUUCCCCCCCCGUUCACUUUUUUCGAGAGAGUUUAUACCGUACGCGUCCUAGACGGAAAAGUUUGUCACGUUGCUGUAAGUAGAGUAACAAUAGAUUAGCGUUUAGUAUAUAACUAGCGAUAAUAGCGAUAUACGAGUAUAACGGCACGCAUUGGAAUAGCCCCUUUAACUUUUUGCAGCAUUUAAAAAUAUUAAAUGUAACGCUAUAUAGUAGAAUAGUUUCUUUCAAUCAUAAAAGAGAGAAGAAGUAGUUGAUUUUCUUACUUAUGGGAUCGUCGGUACGCUGAACGAGUGAGGGAAAGAGAGAGAGAGAAAGAGUGGAAGAGAAAGAGAGAGACGGAGACAAAGAGCAGAGACAAAAAAGAGACCGAUCGAUAGUCAAAGAAACGCUCAUAUUCGUGUUUUUCAUUUGUGUGUUUCUCUCUCUUCGUAGAGAAAAUUCCAUUUUUUCGUUUCGAUGCAACUGGAAAAAAUUCGUGUCGUUUCCCAAACCAAGGGCAGAACGUUGUAAACCUUAUAAAGCCGUUUUGAUUGUCGCGAUUAUGUUGCCCGUCGAAUGGAAUUCGAACUCGAUAUCCCAACACCUUUUUCUUUUAUCACGCAUGACCACAUUUCCUUUUCAUUGCGUUUCCAAACAUUAAUUUCAAACGUUUUCCUUCAAAAGAAGUGGAAGAACGUUUACGAUAGAGAUCGGUUUUUAAAAAAAAAAAUCUCUUUUCCUCUCUUCUCGAUGUCCCAUCUAUUAAUUUUUGAUAAAAUAGAAAGAAUUAGAAUUAUUAGAUUGCGCACGAACAUAUCGGAAUUCCGAAAUUACCCGAUUACGUACGAACGAAUCGGAAUUCCGAAAUUAGCCGAAUGCACACGAAUGUAUCCGAGUGGAUACGAACGUAAUUUAAUGCACAACAUGCACAGAAGCGAGAGCUUCCGAGUCGUUAAGCGCGCGAAAGUACAUAUCAGGAAGAAUGUAUAACUUUUCUUUAUUUUUUCUUUUCUUUUCUUUCUUUCUCUCUCUCUCUCUUUCUCUCUUUCUUCUUCCCCCUCUCUUUUCUCAUUUUUGCUCUCUUUGACGAUCUACCACUUGUCUCGUCACCAUUGGCAAGUCAAAGAGAAGAGAGAUUGUAGUUCGACAAAGCUCCACUACGAGAGAAUUUUUACACGGAAAGCAGCUAGAAAUUUCUCAUCUAAGCGGAAAAUUUUCAUUUCUUACUGUUUAUUAAUCACCAUGAAAAUGUAAAAAUUACUUAAUUAAGUCAAUUCUCAGUCCGUGAUUCGCUGGUAUACGAACGAGUAUAAUUUGUAAUCCGUUUUAUAAUCUCGAUCGUAUCGAGCUGCUUUUUCAUUUGCACGCGGCUUCGACUAAUCGAUAACGAGUUAUCGGUAAAUUCAGGUGAAUCGGUGAUUCUUAUUCUCGUAACUGGAUUAUUUCUCGCCAACUAUAAUACAUCGAAUUGACAUAGAAAGAGUGAAUAUAAUAUAAUUGGAAAUUAUAUUUCUAAAUUCAAAAAUAACUUUUUAAAUUAUAUGUACGAUGAGAUGUCAAUUAAAUCGAUAGACUCUUAAAUUACGAAGUCGAGAAGGUUAAGAAUCUCCGAUAAAGAAAAUCUGUACUUGGCAUCUAGUCGAUACGAAUAACGACGAUAUUCUGAUAAUGAAGAAACGAUAUACAGAUAAAUGAACAUAAAUAUUUAAGUGUUCCGUAAAAAGUUACAUUUACAAGCGUUUUCGAAUCAUUGUGUAUAUAGGUUAACUUCACAAUCAUCGAAUCUAUUCCUAUAUAUAAUAUUCCAUCUUGCAUUUCGAAACAUAAUUAAAAUCUUUAUCAUUUUGUUUGUAUCUUACAAACGUAUAGAACCUUCUUACUUCAUUUUAAGGUUAAUCAUUUCUUCUAGAGAUAAAUUUUUCUUCUUAGCGACGAACAAAAUAUAUAAUUCCAUUUGUAAUCGAAUUUGCAAUGUUCCAAUGGAAUUUUCACCUGUAAUUCCGGGAAAAAUCAACAAUUUUAUCCCCGUAAGAUCCUUGUAAAAUAUACUUUGAAAGUAAACCGUAAAAAGUUAAAGUUCAAAUAUUUAUAUCAAUAUAUCUUGACAGAUAAAGAAAUGCUAGAUGGAAUAUUUUCGUUUCGAAGAGACUUGAAAUAUAUCCUCGAGAAAAUGAUUAUUAUAUAACUUCUCGAUCGUUCUUCCGAAAACUUUUUCGCGAUAAAAUUCAUCGAUAAAAUAACGAAUCGAAAAUAUCAUCAAAAUUGAAUUCAUUCGAACAAAUUGAGAAUAUUCAUCGUCGUGAACCCGUGAUCGACUCGAGUACAAAUCACCUGGUAUCAUCGCACUCCAUCCACCCUUCGAAGCAAUCGUCGCUUCUUAAAGGAUGUCGAUGGAUUUUUAAAAUUCACUCGUCAAAAUUUCAUAAUCAUCACCGCUAACAAAAUUCUUCGAUUAUUGCUACUGUUUGACAACGAUCGAUCGAGUAAUUCGACAACGAGUGAUUCGUUCUCUCCCUCUUUGCCUAUACGACAAACAUUCGCCACUCGAGGUUAGAAAUUCGGCAACGAACGAUGAUGAACGGACUCGAGACGAGACGACGAUUUUUCGAAAAAAAAGCGCGUGCUCGACGCGCCGUUGCCGAACGUAGCACGCAUACAGGUAUAUAUAUCAAACAUUUUGCGAUUCGCACGCGCGAAUCCACAUUUUUCUACGUCUACGCGUCUUUCUGCUAAAAAUGUAACCCGUUGUCUUCGUUGCACCGUGCGAUCACGGCGCAGAAAAAACUUUUUCGAUUUGACAAGGAACAAGAGUAAAUUCUAAUUCUAUCUAAGAUCGUUUAAAGUUUCUUUCUCGCUACGGAUCGCAAGAUAGAUGAAAAGUUUUUAUUACGUUCUAAUUGAGAAUGACUUUGUUGUACGAACGACAAAGGGGAAAUAUUUAUCUUUCUUUUCUUUUUUUUUUUUUUUUUUUUUUUUGAAAUCUCUUUGAACGAUUGAUUGACAACUUAAAUAUAUAUUUGUCAAAUAUUUUCCGUGUUGAUUUGUUUGAGAACUAUACAUAUGUACUCUUUGUCAGAUUAUGUCAGGAUGCAACAAGUGACGUGUUAAACCCUCUAGAUAUUUUCGAGCAAAUAUUUUCGAUUCGAAGUAAUGGAAAAAGAAGGAAUUUUUGGAAUUACCGUGACAUAAGAUGGUUUGUAAAUUUUAACAAAUGGGAAGAAGGAAAUGGAAAGAGAAAAUGGAAGUCGGGGAAGGAAUUUUAUGGCUCGAGGAUAUUUUAUUCGUCGAUUAAAGUUUCGUACGCGCGGCGAGGCAAGAGAAAGAAAGUAUCGUGGCUUCGGGCUAAGAUUUCAAAGGAUUUUUCACCGCGAGCACACAUUUUACUCCGUUGUUUAUCUUUACUUGCUCGUUCGUUUCUUUCGCCAUUUUACAUCGCUCUGUGAAAUUUACACAAGGCG